AUGGCCGAUUUGCACGGCUGCGUGGCAAGCACAAGCAUAGAGCAGUUCUGGCUGAGGCAUCCAGGAAAACAAACCCCAUCCAGAGCUCUCCGGUUUGCCCCGGGGCGGUUGUGCCAGCCUGGAGGUGGAACAGUGGCUCUAACCAGUACGGCCAGUGCAGAACCAGUGGAGCUCCAGUUCGGGCUCAUCAACUGCAGCAACAAGUACCUGACGGCGGAGGCUUUCGGCUUUAAGGUGAACGCCUCGGCCGCCAGCAUGAAGAAGAAGCAGAUCUGGACGCUGGAGCAGGACGGGGAGGACUCCAGCGCCGUGCUGCUCAAAAGCCACCUGGGCCGGUACCUGGCAGCCGACAAGGACGGCCGGGUGAGCUGCGACAGCGAAGAGCCGGGGCCCGACUGUCGCUUCUUGGUGGUGGCACACGGCGACGGGCGCUGGUCGCUGCAGUCCGAGCCCCACCGCCGCUUCUUCGGCGGCACCGAGGACCGGCUCUCCUGCUUCGCCCCCGCCGUCUCGGCCACCGAGAAAUGGAGCGUCCACCUGGCCAUGCAUCCCCAGGCCAACCUCUACAGCCUGGCCCGCAAGCGCUACGCCCACCUGGGACCUCGCCGCGACGAACUGGCCGUGGACCGCGACGUGCCGUGGGGCGUGGACGCCCUCAUCACCCUCCUCUUCGUGGAGCAGCGUUACAGCCUGCAGAGCUGCGACCAUCGCCUGCUGCGCUGCGACGGCCGCCUGGUCCCCGCCGCCGAGCCCGGCACCGCCUUCACCCUCGAGUUUCGCUGCGGGAAGGUGGCCUUUCGCGACGGGGAGGGUCGCUACCUCGCCCCCUCGGGACCCAGCGGCACCCUGAAGGCGGGCAAGAGCGCCAAGGUGGGCAAGGACGAGCUCUUCGCCCUCGAACAGAGCUGCCCGCAGGUCGUGCUCCGGGCCGGCAACGACAGGAAUGUCUCCACCCGGCAAGGGAUGGACCUCUCGGCCAACCAAGACGAGGAGGGUGACCAGGAGACCUACCAGCUGGAGAUCAACAAGGACACCAAGAAAUGCGCCUUCAGGACCUACACUGGGAAGUACUGGACCCUCACCUCCAACGGGGGCAUCCAGUCCACCGCCUCCACAAAGAACGCGAGCUGCUAUUUCGACAUCGAAUGGUGCGACAAGCGCAUCACCCUGAAAGCUGCCAACGGCAAGUACGUGACGGCAAAGAAGAACGGGCAGCUGGCGGCCUCCAUGGAGACGGCGGGUGAGACGGAGCAUUUUGUGAUGAAGCUGAUCAACAGGCCCAUCAUCGUCCUCCGCGGUGAGCACGGCUUCAUUGGGUGCCGGAAGGUGACCGGCACCCUGGACUCCAACCGCUCCUCCUACGACGUCUUCCAGCUGGAGUUCAACGACGGGGCCUACAACAUCAAGGAUGCCACUGGGAAGUACUGGAUGGUGGGGAGUGAGUCAUCCGUCACCAGCAGCAGCGACACCCCCGUGGACUUCUUUUUUGAGUUCUGCGACUAUAACAAAGUGGCUAUCAAAAUCAAUGGCAAAUACCUGAAGGGUGACCAUGCUGGGGUCCUCAAGGCAUCUGCCGACGCCAUUGACGCCUCCACCCUCUGGGAAUAUUAAUGCACUUUAGCGUACCUCCCAUUGCCAACUUUUCUUUCCCCUCCUCUGUCCUUUUUUCUUUUGGGUUUUGUUUCUCCUCUCUGUAAAAGGAUUUUCAUACUGGCUUGCCCUUCCCUCCUGCCAUAAAGUCGGUGCGUUAUGUGGGAGGUGGGUCUCCAUAAACCUCUGUAAGAACUGGAAAAGUGAUGGGGCAGCCUGCCUAUAGCUUUGUAGAAGGGUCUGUCUCUAUCCUUCCCCCCGCCCCUCCUCCUUCCAGGUUUGCUGGGCUUGGAAACUGCCGUACCCCCCUCCCGGCCCCAAGCAUCACCUUAGGUAGUUUAUUUUCCUCCUCGAUUGAAAAAAGGGAAUAAGAUCGCCUCUGUGCUCGCUUCUGCCAUAUCAGCGCUGGC